AUGCUAACCAAAGGAAGGCGCAUUAAGAGAGCUGGUGCUGAUCGCGCCGAGCAAAUCCCUCCACAGGGACUCCUUUCAGACUUGACCAAGCAUCACCCAGAUAGGAACAUCGACAAGCGAGACGGAAAUUUGGACGACACUUAUCAUCAGCCGCUCUAUACCGAUGGGUCUCAGGUAGAUGACGUUACCUCGAAGGACGCCGCCAAGAUAGCUGAAGAAAUGCGAAGCCGACUGAAAAGUUUCGAGGCAAGACGGCAAGGGGAGGCGGUGAAGAGCGUUCUUAAAGAAGAUGACGACUUAUCGCUGCUGGACCAGAUCGAUAGCGUUCUGGGGGCGCCGCUUAAGAAAGCACUCUUGGAGGUGUUGGAUAAUGAAAUUAAAGACACGGAUAAACCUAGCACCACAGAGAAAAAAUCACACAGUGAGAAAAUCGAUGACAAAAACAACAAAGACUAUCCGUUUUAUCCCGAGAAUUCCAUUCCAAAUCAGAACAGCGAUGACUCGGUUAAAACCUCCAAAGUGGACACAGCAGCUCGCAACCUGGCGAGUUUCAAAACUGGAGUAGGAAAGAGUCGUCCUCGCACUCGUGUGUUGGUGGCAGCCAGCGCCCCAUUGGCAGAUCGCAAUGUCGUGCGUAAGAAGGCCGAGAUGUCAGCUGUGCCGUCGCAGCGACAGGCAUCAACAGCGGUAAAAAAUCCUGGUUCUGAUAGCUUCAUCGCAGAGAAGGAGACUCAGAAACCUCAAACACGGUUCUUAGUUGCGCCUGAUCGCGCUACGGAAGAGAACAGAAAUGAAAAUGAUGCCGCUGUAUCGUCCCAACACCAACAGCAAGCUGAUGUGGUUGACAAAAAGGAGAAUGAGAUAUUUAGUCGCUCCCGAUGCUCCAAUCACCGAAGAGAAGGCGAGAAAGCAAGAAACAAUGGCAGAUCACAACGGCGUGCAAAAGAAGGAUGA